AUGGAGGGGCUGGAUUACAACAUCGCUCUUGCCAUUUUCUUCCCCUUCUACGUCUUGGCCGAGAUCCCAUCCAACAUGAUGAUGAAGCGUACUCGCCCUGCACUAUGGAUCCCUUUCAUCAUGGUUCUAUGGGGAAUCACUACCACCCUUCUCGGUGUGGUCAAGAACUACCACGGCUUGCUCGCUGCUCGUGCUGCCCUCGGUCUCGCUGAGGGUGGUCUCUUCCCUGGUGUCACAUUCUACAUCACUAUGUGGUACCGUCGUCACGAAUGUGGUCUGCGUAUGGCAAUCUUCUUCUCGGCUGCCACGGCUGCUGGUGCUUUCGGUGGCCUUCUUGCUAGAGGAAUCAUCGAGAUGCACGGCGUGGGUGGCCUUCCUGGCUGGGCUUGGAUCUUCAUCCUCGAAGGUCUUCUUACUUUCAUCGUUGCCAUCGUCGCAUUCUUCUACAUGAACGACUACCCACAGACUGCCAAGUUCCUCAACGAGACUGAGAAGAAGGAGAUCUCACGCCGUCUGGAAGAGGACCGCUCCUCGCUCGCCGAUGAGUAUGGCACAAAGUACUUCAUGCACGCUAUCAAGGACUGGAAGAUCUGGGUUCACAUGUUCAUCACUUUCGGCAUCUACACCCCUCUCUACAGUUUCUCUCUUUUCCUGCCCACCAUUGUCAAGACUCUGGGCUACAGCAAUGAGAAGGCGCAGCUCAUGAGUGUACCUCCUUACAUCGUUGCUUGCUUCUGCUGUAUCACUGGUGGAUACUUCGCUGACCGCCUGCGUACUCGCGGCAUCUUCAUGAUUGGUUUCACCCUUACCGCCAUGCUCGGUGUCAUUCUCCAAGUCAGUUCAGACAACCCUCACGUCAAGUACGCCGGUGUCUUCCUCUUCGCUUGCGGUAUCUACCCCAACGUCCCUCAAGGUGUCGCAUGGAACGGCAACAACAUCGGUGGCUCGACUAAGCGUGGUGUUGGUAUUGCCAUGCACGUUGGUUUCGGUAAUCUCGGUGGUAUUCUUGCCUCCUUCGUAUAUUUGAAGAAGGACUCGCCCAAGUUUCACAAGGGUCACUUCAUCCUUCUUGGUUUGAUGAGUAUGUCGCUGGUUCUCCAGUGCCUCAUGACUGUCUACCUCCGCCGCGAGAAUGCUCGCAGAGACGCAGAGUACAAGCGCCCUGAGGACUACACCCCCGAGGAGAAGAACCUCGAACGUGAGCGUGGCGACAAUGCCAGUUUCUUCCGCUACACUGUCUGA